AUCAUUUUUAAAUGGAAUCGAUUGUUGCUAGUAGUGGUUGAUACAAUUCUUUAUCACUAACAAAAAAAAUGUUACCAUCGCACUGAUUGAAAUGGAAAUAUAAUUACUUGGUAGCGACAACCCUGGCGGUGGUUGAAAAUAAUUUGACAGUUUAGUAAUGGAAAUGCUUCUUCUUAUAUUGUUUUUCAACCUCAGAACUCGUUCAACUAUGUUCAAUCGUUCAACGGUGCUAUUUGCAAUUGUUUGUGUUUGUGUGCAAGGGGAAUGUGUUUGACAUUAAUUGCUUUUAUGGAAAUCAAAAAGUGGUGAAUGAAAGACAGUCGCGCAGCAUGAAUGGAGGCGUGGCAAAUAUUUUCCAAACGGAUGAAGCUACUGGUAGCAAGAAACGUAAACGUGGUUUGGCGCCGAAAAAAACGCUCCAAGAAAAGGCUGAAUUAAAAUUAAGUGUCCAGUUAACCAAUCCGAAGAUAAUGGAACCACCUAUACUUCAGAAUGGCCACCAUAAUCAAGUAGAACAACACCUGUGCUCAAUUUGUGGUCAGAAAAGCGGAGAUGAAAUGGUUAACAUUAGUGACAAAACCAUUACGAACGAAGAGUUCAAUGCUCCAAACAUUUCUUCAGAAUGUACCUUAAACAGUAUAUGCGUACAAUGCGUAGAAAAAGUUGAUGCGCAAAAAGACAGCAUUCGAACUGGUAAAAACCAUUUACAGGGCGCACCAAAUGGACAAAUGUGCAAUUACAAACGCAAGCCCAAAAAAACUCAAGAUCCAAUGCAUGUAGUUAAUAAGCCAAACGGACAAACACAAGAAGGUGUCUUAAAAGAGGCAAUGAUGUCUACUUGUACCAGUGAAACUAGUCGAAAUAAUUGCCUUGAAGUAGUUAAAGCAGUGCCUAAGAACAAUAACUUAUGCGGCUCUGAUUCAAAUCAAAAGAAGUGUUUAAUUUUAUCGAACCCACCUGAAAUAACUUCGAUAAUAACCAUUACAUCAAGUACCAGUACAGGUGAAGAAAGCAGGAUAAUGAACAAUAAAUCAUCAAGUGCGACUUCACAACUAUGUAGUAGUGUUCGCGGUUCACUGCAUUCAAUUCACUCUGUAGAUACUCAACAACAGUCUAUGCUGGAAGUAUAUUGUGUUCACUCCGAAUCUGCAUUAAUUACAGAGUCUGGAGGUAAGGUAAACAACUAUGAACAAAAAUCCGAUACACCGAAAACAUUAAUCUGCCAACAUUGUGGACGGGCCUACUCGCGCAAGUACUAUUACGGGAGGCAUAUGCGUCACUGCCAUACACGAUAUCGAAAUUUAUCAAUGCGUAAGAAAUCCAAAUCGGCGAUAUAUAUACGUUGCAGUGAUAUGGACGCAGAUAUGCCAGAUAAUGUGAAAUACGAACCAUUGUUUCAUUGUACCGAUUGUUCGUUUUCUUGCCAUAGCAUCGUCAUACUCCGCAAACACAAACGUAGUUGCCAUUUACAAAUAUUUGAGUGUGACAUAUGCAAUUCCGAAUAUACCACUGCGCAUGAAUACGAUUUUCAUCGUACAAUAUGUGAGGCCAAAAAUGAGGUUCUAAAGAAUUCUUAUUAUGUAACAGACGAUGAUGAUGAGUUGAGCACGUACACAACAAUUGGACGAAUGACGCGUGCGCGUUCCCGUGCGCUAACUCAAAUACCCACCCGCAUCACUGAUUUGGAUAGUGAAAACGAAGAUUUUAAUAAAGGCGACUUUAAUACGGAUGACACAGACGAUGAUGAGGUGUCUGUUGCAGAUACCAUGUACUCAAAUAGAAUGCGUUUUACUGGAGACUGGGUGGAAGAUCAUAGCAACAUGCUAGAGUACUCCGAUAUGUUAGAUUAUGAACAACAGAUUUCUAGUUACAAGGAAUACGACCUUUAUCUAUUGGAUCGUUUGAAAGAUUGCAUAGACUCCAACAUUUUUAUUUGUUUUGUUCCUGAUUGCAGUUUUCGCACCUAUACUUUGCCUAGUUUAAUGAUGCAUGAUUAUGUUGAUCACUUUCGUCACGCGUGGUUUCAUUGUAAAAAAUGUGGAUGUGUUUUCACCAGAAAAGUUUUUCUUGACUAUCAUUUGGACAGACAAAAUAGUGGGCGCUUUAUAUGUUUCCAAUGCGGUGACAUUUUUGAAUUUCAGCACGAAUUAAAUCGUCAUCAAAUACUUCACACCAAAUCAGUAAAUUACCAUUGUAAUUAUUGCAACUUCGAUUUCCUCACAAAGCGCGAGCUUCUGCAACAUUGCGAGAUGGAGCAGCAUAAUCCUCACGGCAUACGUCAUCUCAUACAUUAUGACCCCGAUAUGACGAUUGUGAAUCCAGUACCGAAAGCUACAGUGUAUGAGCGUGGCACCUACGCUGAAAAAAUAUGCAUAAUGAAAUUGCCUGAAACAGUUUCGAAACGACCGAUUGAACUACACAAACCUUAUCGAAGAAAAAUCGGAGACGUUUUGUUUAAAAAUCAAAAAAAUCCAAACUGUUGGGGUUGGAAAUAGUAUCUAUCUUUCACCUUUUAUUUUUUCAUGUGUGAAACAAGUUUCAAGACGAAAUGUUGAUAAUUGUGUGUAUAUAACUAAUUUCAUUGAUUUAUAUUCAUUGACACGUGACCACCAACAAUAGCAAUAUUCCAAUGUAAUUCAGAUAUUCGAACUGUAGCAGAGAUGUAGAAUAAGCUACUUGCUUUUGAAGUAAUAUUGUACGUCUUGAAAACACGUAUAAUUAUUUACUUAUAUAUGUAUCUAAAACGUGCAAAUCACCAACUUGCUUCUUUAAAGUCAUAUCGAAACAAUGCGCACAAUAUCUCAACGUGCUCGAAUGACACCAUUGGAUGUUAGAUAUUGCAACUAUCAAACGUCCUUUUUUGUUUUCAUUCGGGUCAUGUUAUGCAUGCGAUCAGCCAGGGACCGAAAAUAACAGUUAUUUCAAAAAUUUUUAUGAAAAAAAAGCAGCAACAACAAGUUG